UCUCUCUCUCUCUCUCUCUCUCUGGGACCCAAACUUGUUUCAGGAAAAAGCGCCUGAACGUUUUUUUUUUUUUCUCUCUCCCUUGCUAGAAGAAACAGGACAGCCGCCUCCGUGCCAAGGAGAAGGCGUAGACUUCCUCCAAACAUUUCCUUCGCCAUCUCCGCUUUCGAGACGCAAAACUUCUUGUGGAAUCUAUUUUGAAUUUGGAGAGGAGUUUUUUUUUUUUUUUUUACACCUUUACCGCCUCAACACCACCUGUUUAUUUUCUUUUUCUUUGCUCUUAAAAACAACAGAGAGGAGCUGAACGUUUGCGGAUAUGGACUGGGGAACAGACCUUUGGGACCAGUAUGACCACAUUGACAAGCACACGCAGUCAGGUCUCGACCUGGUGGAGCGAUACAUAAAGUUUGUGAAGGAACGGACAGAGAUUGAACAAAGUUAUGCCAAGCAACUCAGAAGUCUUUCAAAGAAGUACGCUAAACGAGGGAGCAAAGACGAACAAGACUGCAAAUUCAGCAAUCAUGCAUCGUUACAGGAGAUCCUGAAUGAGCUGAGUGAUUACGCCGGCCAACGGGAGCUCAUUGCUGAAAACAUGAUAACCGGCAUCUGUGUGGAACUCACCAAAUACCUUCAGGAUCUCAAACAGGAACGCAAAACACACCUGUCUGAUGCCAAGAAAGCCCAGCAGAAUCUAGAGAUCAGCUUUAAACAACUAGAAAGUACUAAGAAGCGCUUUGCAAAGGAGUGGGCCGAGGCCGACAAAGCCACACAACAAGCAGAGAAAACAGAGAGCGACCUCAAUGCCACCAAACUGGAUGUUGAGAAGGCCAAGCAGCAUGCCCACUCCCGCACACACACAGCGGAGGAGUGCAGGAACGACUACGCUGCUCAGCUCCAGAAAUACAACAAGGAACAAAACUUCUUCUACUACACAGAGAUACCACAGAUCUUCAAUAUGAUGCAGGACAUGGACGAGCGGAGGAUUCGGAAGCUGGCAGAGGGUUACUGCCAGUUUUCAGAGAUAGAGAAGAAAGUGCAGCCCAUCAUUUCCAAGUGUUUAGAAGGAAUCUCUGCAGCAGGUGUAAAAAUAAAUGAGAAACAGGACUCGCUUCUGUUUAUAGAGCAGCACAAGUCUGGUUUUGAGCGACCUGGAGAUGUGGAGUUUGAAGACUACAGCCAAGGUAUCAAACCAGCGACCUCUGACUCAAGUCUAAACCCACCCAAAGUGCGUGCCAAGCUCUGGCCUUUCAGCAAGAAGAACAAGAUAACGCAUGCUGAAAAACUCAUGCCACCUGCUGCGGAAGAUUUCUCUCAUCUUCCUCCGGAGCAGCAGAAGAAGAGGCUGCAGGCGAAGAUUGAUGACAUCACCAAAGAGCUGCAGAAAGCGCAGGAUCAAAGUGAUGCUCUGGAGAAGAUGAAGGGUGUGUACGAGCAGAAUCCACAGAUGGGAGACCCCUCCAGUCUGGAGCCACAGAUCACAGAAACUUCCCAGAACAUCGGCCGCCUGAGGGGGGACCUCACAAAAUAUGAGACGUGGCUGUCGGAAGCAGUUGGAGGAGAAGAAGCUGCCAACACCAUCAACAAUAACACUCAACAUGGUGUUGUCGCGGCUAACCCCACUCAGAACAUCUACACAGAAUUUGAAGACGAGUUUGACGACGUAGAAACUCCUAUCGGCCAGUGCACGGCUCUGUAUACAUUUGAAGGCCACAGUGAGGGCACAGUUUCCAUUACUGAGGGAGAGCUGUUGAGUAUAAUGGAAGAGGAUAAAGGAGAUGGGUGGAUGAGAGUCCUUAGAUCCAGUGGAGAAGAGGGCUAUAUACCUUCAUCCUAUGUGAAAGUUGGCCCAUAACAUUGACACCAUCACAUAAACUUAGAGCUUGUGGUGGAAAGUUUAGAGUCAGAGGUGAAUUCAAAGUCAUCCACGAUAAUUGGAGCUGUUCUCUCCAUCUUUUACCUCGGCCAGUGACGUGUAUGGUGAGAUGAAAGUGAGUGAUUAUAAAGCUUGUUAUCAAGGCUGACUGCAAUUAUCCCACACGCCGUGCUUUGUCCCUCUUCAGUAGCAAAGUCUGUCUCCUAACAAAGAUGGUCAUUCCUCUCUGAUCUUUCUAGAUUUCAGCUCUGUUAAAAACCAAACGUUUGAAUGUAUACCUGAACUUCUUGUCACUGUGUUUAGUGACGACGCCUGUUUCAUAAUCAACUGCAUUUUUGUUAUGUCAGUAUAUCCACUAACUUGACUUUCCCAUUGCCACUUCUAAUAACGUGCUGAACUUGUUCUGUUUGUUACACUAACCUUCUACAAAAAGCUUUUACUGACAGGAUAAUAUGAGGGUUUUUUUUUAAUCGUGGAGUGUUGACGUUAUAUGACGUGUAACUUGAUGAAAACCACUGCUAGACAGGGAUUUCUGGAAAUGUAAAACGCCUCCAUUUACCCCCAAUAUGCACAGUCAUUUUCAGACACCGUGUGGUCUCUCAAUAAAAACAAAAUGUUAGUAGUGUGGGAUCAUGGGGGUUCAAGUCUUAACUGUUUUACAAACCACUAUUGCAGAUCAAAAUAUCCCUCACAUGGUUCCAACAGAGAACAUGUUCAGAAACAGGUAACCUUUAAAUGUUUCAGUCCUGUUAAAUCCAGUCUAGUUUUGUAAUUUCAGUCUAUUAAAACAGCAGCAAGUAAAGUUUGCUUAGGUAAAUAGUAAAUAGUGCCGAUAUAAUUUCCUACUGUCUUCGACAUUUUGCCUGCUGCUGUCUUGGUUUUUUGGAACCAGGGAUGACAUUACUUGGAAUAACGGCUAGAUACAACAAGGUUUAGUUUAUUGGCUCAAAUCAGAUGAGUAGUAGAUAUGAUGAGUCAAAUAAACAUUCAACCGCUGUACAUUUGUCAUAAAUGUAGAAAUUAGCUAUAGGGACCAAACUUUUUUGAUGUUGUACAUGGCUGUAAGCGUGUAUUUCAGCUGUUUAGUUAACUUUUUAACAUGGGAGGUCUAUGGGGAUUGCUACUGAAGCCAGCCCCAAGUGGCCAUUUGAAGAACUGCACUUUUGUGCAUUUCCUUGUUGGCUUAAUUUUAUAGCAGAUUAAAUAUUUAAGACUCUGAAAGAUGCCUUCUGAAUCUGAGUGAUAAAGUUUCAAAUAAGCUUUUGAAUAUAUUUAUGUUCACACAGAAGGACAGCUGUGAGUUUGAAUCCCUAUCACCUGCAUUUUAAGUGUUUAAAGAACUUUAAAUGGCCCGUAAGAGCAGGAGGAACUAUUAAGGCAAGCAAGAAAACUGUUAAACUACAUCCUGGCAUGUGUGAAUAGUUUAAAGAAGAAUGUGAACCUAACCUUAUAACUCUGUACUUUAAUUACAAUUUCUCUGCUAAAGCAAAUUUGCACAAAAUGUUUUGUUUUUGUGAAUUAAAGAAACAAAUAUGGAAGAAAUAGCACAAUAGCAAUAAUGAUCAAAGUUCAAUGAAAGGUAAAUGAGAAAAAAAGACCAUGAACUUUGUUCUGAUUGGCCUUUUCUAAUCCUCUGUAAAUGGCCAUUGGGUGAAUAUUUGGAAUUAUUGACAAAGAGUUUCAGAUUCAGAUCCUCACAAGAUCUCUGCGAAGAAUGAUGUUAAAUAUGAUUGAAUGCUUUUAACAUCUGAGUGUAGAUCCACUCUAGAAAUAUUUUAGGACAAAAGUACCCUCUUUAAUUAGUUAUUCGUGUCUGAUUUGUUUUUAUACGAAGAGUCAAUUUCUUAACAUCUCAUCCACCUCCCUUGCUAAAAUAUUUCUCUUCAAAAUGCUGCUUUUUGUUGAAUUUCACAAGAGGGUCUACAGUAAGUUUCCACUUCACACUUGUGUAUUAAGACAAUGGUUUGUUCAUGGCUUGAGCUCAGAUUUAAAGUGAGCACAGGGAAACUAUCCUGCUUCAGCAGAUACAUUUUAAGACAUUUGUCUACUCUGCAAUGAAACACAGUACAACAAUAAGUAGAACACAUUCAUAGAGGGAAUGUCCUCAUUGAGCCAUACAAUGUUAACCGGUCUCUCUCCACCACGCUGUCCUUUCAACACUUAAGGGUUUCUAUUGUAUGAUAUUAAAAAGUGAAUUGUAUGUAUUGACAUGUAUCAUUUGAGUUAGAAGGUGAAAAGAAGAAAAGCCAUCUGUUAAGAUUUUUUACUGUAUUCUUUAUGAAAAAUAUUGCAUGCAAAGAAAUAACUACAAUUAUUUCAUUUAAAACACUGAAAUAAAAAACACAAUUUCCA